GGCAGUGGGCGGGGACACGCAGCGUCAUACGGAUUGAGCCACUGGCAAUGGGCGGCUGAUGACUCCCCCACUCUUGCAUAGCACACCAUGUCCGCAGACAGCCCCCCCUCCGAAAUCCAGAUCAAUGUCAAGGGCCCCAGCGAGCUCAAGCUCCAGAUAACCAUCUCGACCGACAAGACGGUGGCGGAUCUCAAGCAGGCCAUCGCAGACAAGUCCGACGUCUCUGCAGACCGUCAGAGACUCAUCUAUUCAGGUCGGGUAUUGAAGGACGAGGACGCGCUCUCCACGUACAAGAUCCAGUCCUCACAUACCAUUCAUAUGGUCAAGGGUGCCGCGCGCAACGGCGCCUCGUCCUCGCAAGGACCUCCGCCUCAAGCACUGCCCCAGAUGCAGGCCGGCCAGAAUGUGCAUGACCCCUUGACGCAACUGAACGGUCAUAUGGGCUAUGGGCUCAUGGCAGGUCUCAAUCCAUUCGCAGAUAUGGGGCUGAACCCCAACGAUCCUAACAUGAUGCAAGGCAUGCUCAGCAACCCACAAUUCCUGCAACAAAUGUCUAGCGUCAUGUCCAACCCCGCCAUCCUCGACCAGAUCAUCGCCUCCAACCCCCAGCUCCAGAGCAUGGCCCCCCAAGUCCGACAAGUCUUCCAGAGCGAGCAGUUCCGCCAAAUGAUCGCAAACCCCGACAGCCUCCGCAUGAUGCUCCAGAUGUCCUCCGCAAUGCGCGGCGUCGGCGGCGCCCCCGGCGGCGCAGGCUCCUUCCCCGCCCCCGGCCUCCCCUCCACCGCACGCCAGCAGGAUCAAGAAGGCCAACAACAGCAACCCCCCACCGGCGCGGCGCCCAACCCCGCAGCGGGCCUUGCAGGGCUCUUCCCCUUCAUGCCACCUCCCGCAGCCGCGGGCGGGAGCAACCCGACCUCGCCUGGCGUGGCAGGCGGCGCGGCACCGGGCGUGGGCAUGUUCGACCCUGCGAUGAUGCAGCAGAUGCUGGCCGCGAUGGGCGGGGGUGCGGGUGCGGGCGUCGGUGCGGGUGCGGGCGGUGCGGACCCGUUCGGACUGGGCGCUUUUGGCGGGCUCGGCGGUGUGCCUGCUGCCCCGGCGGACACUCGGUCGCCCGAGGAGCGGUUCCAGGUGCAAUUGCAGCAAUUGCAAGACAUGGGCUUCACGAACGCGCAGCAGAACGUGCGCGCGCUGCUUGCAACGGGCGGGAACGUCCACGCCGCGAUUGAGUACAUCUUGGGCGGGGGCGGUUUGUAGGCGCGUAGAGUCUCUUGGUCGGCUUGAACCCUUUCGCACGUCGCAGGUGUCUUCUUGUCUGUACGGCGCAUAGCUGAGCUUGUACGAUGUUGAUAGAGAAAGCAGUAGUUCAAUUGUAGCGUAAUUUGGGACCUCCCCCGUCGGCGACGGUA